AUGAGCGAAGCACAGGUCGUCUCACACAGCGACAAGGAACCAGCAUCUCAUGAUGUCUCUGAGCAACUAGAGACACCGCAAGGCCAAAUAGCCCCGGAAGACAUUGAAUCCGGCGAGCAACACAUAGCCAACAUCGAACGCAUCUACAGAAAGCUGGACCGACGCAUCAUCUCCGCAUUCUGGGUCCUCUACUUCCUCUGCUCAGCCAUUCGCUCAAACGUAGGAUUGGCUCAGACAAUGAACGAAGACGCAGGCCACGACCUAGCAGACGUCCUCCACCUAACCCCCCACCAAAUCUCAACAGGUUUAGCCCUGUUCUACGUCUGCUACGUUGUCUUCGACCUCCCUUCAAACCUGAUAAUGACCCGACUUAGUCCACACGUGUGGAUGAGCCGGAUCGUCAUCAGCGUAGGUCUCAUCGGAUCCUGUCUAGCGGCCAUGAAAGCAGCCUGGAGUUUCUACCUCCUCCGCCUUCUCCUGGGAAUAGUAACAGCAGGCAUGUGGCCCGGAAUGACCUACUACCUAACCCUCUUCUACCCACCCAGCCGAAUCGGCAAGAGAAUAGGCCAAUACUUCACAGCCUCGCAAGUGUCAGCCGCAGUCGUCGGAUUGGUGUCAGCAGGCUUCCAAAAAAUGGACGGGAUGCACGGUCUAGUCGGCUUCCAAUGGAUGUUCCUAGUCUACGGCGUGAUAACCGUAGCCCUAGGCUUCGCCCUACUCUGGUGGCUCCCAGACAGACCAACACCACCAGACGAGACCCUACCCCCACGUCCCAAGAUCCUAAGCUGGAUUCCGCGGUCCUCGCCUGCACUCAGCGGUAGUGAUGCGCGCGUUCAUUACCACGAUAUGAAGCGCGUCUAUCAUUCGCCUGCUUGGACAUUGCGGGAUCUAGGACGGGUAUUUGCCGACUGGCGUCUGUGGCCGUUACUCGUCAUGUAUUUCGGUGUUGUGGGUGUUGGUAUUGGCGUGCAGCUUUAUGCGAAUUUGAUUAUUCAGGCCAUUAAUCCGACGUUGAGCGGGGUUGAUUUGAGUCUUCUGACGGCGCCCAUUUGGAUUGUAUGUUUAGCCCAUCCCAUCCACCUUCGCCAGCUUGUCGUUACAAAUGGACCUAAUAGCAAUCCUCUUGGUAACCCCCUCUCAGACCGCUUCCACCGCCACCGCGCAAUCUUCUUCUCACUCCCCGUCCUCCUCCAAAUCCUCGGGCUACUCCUAACAAGCUACGCGGGCAGCGACGCAAACCCAUGGCCACGCUACGGCGGCCUGUUAAUCGUCGGCUUUGGUCUCGGCCCCACAGUGCCAAUAACAAUGACCUGGACGACGGAAAUCUUCCAACCACGGCACGGCGAGGUCGGGGUUGCUGCUGCGUCCGCUGUUGUGUCCGGUCUCGGGAAUCUGGGAUCCAUCCUCACUACUUAUGCGCUUUAUUCUGGAUGGAAGAGUGAUUAUGAGGCGCCUGGUAGGCAGAAGUAUCGCAAGAGCAAUCUUGUUAUGGUUGGGAUUUUGAUUGGGAGUAUUCUUGCUGCUGUUAUUAUGGAGGUUUUGUUGAGGGUGGUUGAUGGGCGGUAUAAAAAUGAGAGUAAUGGUGCGGAUGGGGAGGUUGUUGAUGGGGCUGGACGGAGGGAGGUUCGGCAGAGGGGGUUGGAUGGGCUUGGGAGGAGGUUCAAGAGGUUUGGGUUCAGGGGGGUGGCUUAG